AGGUACCAACCGACUGGAAGAGCAGCGGGAAAUGGAGCGGCAAGAAAAGCAUUUGCCUCCAGAAAUCCACGACCCCAUCGACGCGGCAGCGCGGGAAGUUCGACAGAAGCAGGCACUUGCUCGGAAAGAGAAAAACGUAUGCUGCUGAAGCUCUACUGAACUCUCAGCAUGCUUAGCUCAGUGUGGUCUGUGGGCACAAUGCCCCACAGACAGAGUGCUGUACAAAGAUCAUGUGCUGCGGCGAUAGCCAUGAUCCCAACGAGGCUCUCGUUGGCCGAAGUGGAUCGACAGAACCUCGUCGAUCUGGUUGGCCACUGGUGAUGGGGAUCAGUUUGCAUUGAGCAAUCCUGAACCCCAUGGUGCCAGUGAUGUUCCUUUUCUAGGUCUCAGUUUGCGCUGCAAAGCUUGGCUAUACCUGGGGAAAAAAGGCUUUCAUGUUGUUUCCUUUUUUUGGCCAGGUGAAUUUGUGCCCUCCCCCAAACAGCACAUGUGUUCCAAUGUGUUCCAUUCUGUUCCAUGGUGUUUCCCAAAAGGAAUCAAAUUUCCUAGGGCUCCAACUACCUACUGAGAAGAUGGUUAUGGUGGGUUUGUGGGGUCUAACCACCUUCUGAGGAUAUGGGCCAGGAGCCCUAGGCAUCAUGAACGCAGCCGCGUUCACAUGUCCUGCUUCAUCUGGCGGCGCUGGCUUCAUUUGUGGCUUUUAGUCGUCCCAGCCUGGUCAGCUGGGUGAAGUAGCAGACCAUGCAGGACAUUCAGGCGCGGCACUUCCAGCAGCUCUUGGCCGAGCAGAGCGAACGCCACGCCACGGAGCUGCGGAGGCUCAACGAGGAGGUGAAGCGUCUACAUGAGAGACUCAAAGCAGUCCUCGAUCGGCGCUCCACGCAACAAGGGCCGGCAAAAGGCAUUGACUUCGCAUUCGUGAGGCGGGCUGAAUGGCAGCUCAACAAUUGCAAACGAGAUGUGAGGAGUGUGGAACGUGGCCAAAGUAUUUGGUCUGAUCCCUUCGCUGCAAGCUGCAUCUCCGAACUGCAAUUGGAGUUCUUCCCACAAGGACGUGAAACAUCGCAAGCUGGCUUCUGCGCCUUGUUCCUGUGGGCUCCGGGCAACGUACGCCUCAAGU